AUGGUGGUGCGGUACCACCAGAACCGCUGCACCGCUUGCAACGCCGUGGACAAGAGUUUUGAGUUUCUCUGCCACCAGAGUGCUGAGCGACUCCCAGGCCUUAAGUUUUACGAGAUCAACAAGGACGAGGUGCCGGAGCUCACCAAAAAUCUUGUGCGCUUCCCGCAGGUGAAGGGGUACAGCGGCGGGCACUGGAUGGACCUGGAGUUUAAGCCCCCUGCCGACUUCCGCGAGGAGCUUUACCAGGCUGUGGAGCAGGAAGUGAAGCGUCGCAAGGACAGGGGUCGGCCCGUCACGGCGCUCGAGGCGGAGGAAAUGUACUUCUCCGCCGCCGGUCCAUCCAUGUUGGAGGUGCUCCAGGAGUCUAUCGUGAAGUUUUACUGCAAAUCACAGGUGCGUCUGCACAACUACUGGAAGCAGGUCUCGGUGCGACGGUCGUGGUUUUUCAAGAAGUUUAUUGAGCCUAGGGUUGAGGAACGCUUGCGGGAUGAGUGGCAGAUGAAGUCGUUGUUUGGAGAAAAGAUUAUGUACGGUCCGGAGCCCAAACUAGAGGAGUUCUGA